AUAGGUUGGGACGGUGCCUACGUUUCAGUUAGGAAAAAUAUACAUCUGUUAAAAAUUUCCAACGUUUCGCUGCGUGCGUAGAGACAUCGCCGUAUUUAUGUUGCACUCGGUGUUGUCGAACGACACUAGACCAUCGUACCUCUUCUGUUUGUUACAACAUGUCUUGCUUGUGCGUGGAGUUUGUGAACGUGCAUUGUAGAGGAGUAAUGGUUGGAGGCUGUGCACCAGGAUGCUCGAAUUCCUCACAGAAAGGGUUCCGGUAUUUUGCCUUUCCGCGAGACCCCGAAAGGCGAAAGGAAUGGCUGGUUCAGUGCAAGCUUGACAACUGGACUCGAAGUUCAAACUCUAAAUUAUGUGAGGCACACUUUGAAGCAGAUCAAUUUGAGUUAAACAGGCAAGAUGCGUGGCGAAAACUCAAGCCAAAUGCUGUGCCAACAAUAUUCUCAUUCAAAUCAUGCCCCAAAAGAAGAAAUCCACCAACAAAAAGGUGCACUGAGAUACGAGUACCACGCAGUGAAAACAGUCAAGCGAUAACUGCGUGCGAGCAACAAGAGAACGACUCUGAUGAAAUGCAGCUCGUGGAGUCUCUACGAAUACCUUCAGGGGAGGCGGAACUACAGAAACAGCUUUCAGAUAUGAAGGAUCGUUUAGCUCUUCUUCAACAGCUGAAUGAGCGCCGAAGAAGGAAAGUGAAAAGACUUCGCAAGGCAUGCGGAACUUCCGACGAACGGAUGCGAUGUCUCCAGCAAAAGAUGAAUUUCUUAACCGAAAGCCAAAACGAAUCACUGGCUAGAAACAGUACGAAAGGAUACAAGUGGGGACACGAGAUUACACAGAAAGCUUUGCGAUUGAGGUUUGCAUGUGGGACAGCUGGUUACCAGGCUCUCUUUGACGAAGGUUAUCCUCUGCCGUAUGUGAAAACACUCACCCGUCGUGUUAGCAAGAUUCAUUUCGAGCCUGGCAUUCUUCAAAGUGUCAUCCACGUAUUGGAAAUGAAAGUUGCGAAGAUGACAGUCAUCGAACGGGAUUGUGUGCUUUUCCUGGGUAAGAUGGAGAUUUCCGAAGGCCUUCAGCUGGACCGCACAUCUGGCUCACUAGUAGAUGAGAUUGGUGGCAGACUCUUGGUGGCAGCGCGUGUAAUGAAGACUGCUUACUUGCCAGUCGCGCAUUAGUAUUCAUGAUAGGAGGAGUGAACACUCGUCAUAAGCUAUCAUAAAAACCAUCAUAAACCUAUCAUAAAACAGUGUUUAUAAUAUUCACUGUUCCCUUGCAGUUUUCUAAUAAAUAGGAUAUAAUCUUGAGAGCCGGAAUUAAAACGUUCACUUCUGUAA